CUGUGUCUUCCUUGCAGCAUUCGAGACGCAACGAAAAGCGCUCAACAUCAUCUUCCAGUAGAAGUAGUCGUAGUUCAUCGAGUGUUUCGAGGAGCACAUCAAGUAGCAGCUUGUCAAAGCGCUCAAGUAGUUCGAAUUCAACCAGGAAUUCUCGAAGCAGAAGUCACGAUUAAUUUUACUUUGUUACGCAUACUUUCUCUAUUUCACGAGUUGUUAAAUCUUUGUGAAGCAUGA